GUGAAUGAACUUUCUGCAACUCCUUUUGCGGUACUGCGCGCAAUGACAGAACUGCCAUUAGGGUUCCAGAGAGAAAUUUUAACAGAAAUUGUGGCCGAAGAUGGACUCCUCAUCCUUGCAAGAGGACUCGGACUUCGUAAAGUUCUAUGCUCAUUGUUGAAAUUGUACACGGAUAAUAGCCAUUUGGUACUGCUUAUCAACAGCACUCCUGCAGACGAUACUGCUAUUAAUGACGAACUAGCAUGUAUGGGAGUUCCGGCUGAAAGGCAGAUGAAAGUAAUUGAGUAUGAAACUCCAGCAGAGACUCGGAGUGACAUGUAUAGGAAUAGCGGCAUUUUUUCGAUUACAUCUCGUAUUUUGGCAGUGGAUAUGCUACUCAAGCGAAUUCCAACGCACCUCAUUUCCGGUAUCGUCGUUCAUUAUGCUCAUAGCGUUAAUGCUACGUCUAUGGAAUCUUUCAUUCUACAGUUGUACCGUGAAGAGAACGAGCAAGGAUUUAUCAAAGCAUUUUCUGAUCAAAGCGAGUCGUUCGUUACUGGAUUCGCACCUCUGCAAAAUACACUAAAGUCGCUGUUUUUGAGAAAAGUUCAUUUGUGGCCAAGAUUUCACGUUAUGGUUGCAGAUGACCUUGAAUCUUCAAACGAAAAUAUCAUAGAACUAAGGCAGCCCAUGUCCGAAAAGAUGGAUAAAAUUCAGCAUAGCAUAGUAGAAUGUAUGGAUGCUUGCCUUUCUGAAAUCAAAAGAUCAAACACUGGGGUUGACCUUCAGGAGUUUACUGUUGAAAACUCCAUGUUCAAAUCUUUCGACACCAUCAUACGGCGACAGUUGGAUCCGAAUUGGCAUCGUGUGGCUAUCAAGACAAAGCAGUUAGUAGGAGACCUUAAGCUUCUACGGCAUCUUCUUACAUAUUUGGCAGGCUACGACUGCAUAACAUUCUACAGCUUUCUUCAAACUAUUAUGGCCAGUAAUACUCCUUCGGACGGAAAAUUGUUGACCAACCAGUCACCAUGGCUGUUGAUGGAUGCUGCAAAUGUCAUAUUUUCGCUGAGUAAAAAACGGUUCUUUGUAGAGGAGAGAGAUGAGGAGUAUCAGAGUUACGAGCACACACCCACCCCUGGUCUACCCAAGAAAACGAAACUUGUCCUUGAAGAGCAACCAAAGUGGGGGCUACUUCAUGAUAUACUGGAAGAAAUAGAGCAUGAUAUUGCCGUCACAAAUGCUCGGGAUGCGACUAUUCUGGUUAUGGUAGAUGAGCAGCGGACGUGCACGCAAUUGAAAGAAUACAUAUCAACAAAGAGUACAAUAGCCAAAAAUUCCAGUAUUGUUCCCAUUCUCUCUCGGCUUGCUAGGAACUACUUCCGAUGGAAAGCAGGCAUUGUACAGAUCAAUCAGCAGGUAAAGGAAGAACUGAAGGACAAAUCAAAUACUUCAAGAGGGGGUGGUUCUGGACAAUACACAUCAAAUGUUCGCGGAGGAGGCGCGCCUCCAAACAAACGAAGGAGAGUUCGUGGAGCUUCAGCCAUAGCAGCGGCAUCCAUGGCCUUCAAUCGUCCAUUGGCUGAUACAUUCCAACAAGAUAUAACAGAUAAUGCUGAAGCGCUUGAUCAGGAAAAUGUGAUGAAGAACAUAGAUAUGGGUACACCACUUGAUCCUGCAGCGAACCUCACAGACGUAAUGAGCCACAAAGACAUAUUACCCCACUUUGACGAAAUAGCACCAUCAGAGGUAGUUACAGUUAGUCAGUAUGUUGGAGAAGAUGAAGCCGCUCUUCUUGAGCAAUUGCAACCCAAAUUUAUCAUAAUGUACGAUCCAAACCCAGCAUUUGUUCGCAGAGUAGAGUUAUAUCGUGCUUCACAUCCAGACAGAGAGGUUAGAGUGUACUUUAUGAUAUACGACAAUUCAGUAGAAGAGCAGCAAUAUCUCAGCUCAAUUCGACAAGAGAAAGAAGCAUUUGAAAAGCUGAUCAGAGAAAAAUCGAUUAUGGCUGUUCCCAUUGCUGAUAGCAGAAAGCGACCGGGCGAAGAAGACGUGUUUCUUAAAACGAUCAGUACACGAAUUGGCGGUGGCACUCGACUAAAGUCUGGAGCGCCAACAGUAAUUGUGGACAUGCGUGAAUUCCGCAGCUCUCUCCCGCCUAUUUUACACAAAGAAGGAAUGAGGAUAGCACCCUGUACAUUACAAGUUGGGGACUAUAUCCUGAGCCCUGAAUUGUGCGUUGAACGAAAGAGUAUCACUGAUUUAAUCAGCUCAUUCAGCUCUGGCCGUCUAUAUACCCAAUGCGAAAACAUGUCUUUGCAUUACAAAACACCUGUUCUAUUGAUCGAAUUUGAUCAAAACAAAUCAUUUUCCUUGCAGCCCUCGACAGACCUGAAGAACGAUAUAACUCUAACUGACUUGUCAUCCAAGUUGGUGCUUUUGACGUUGUCCUUCCCCAACUUGAGAAUUAUAUGGUCUUCCAGUCCGUACGAAACUGCGGCCAUCUUUCGAGAUCUGAAGUCUAGUCACGAUGAACCUGAUGUGGAGGCGGCUGUCCUUAUCGGAGCAGAAAGCAUUGACGACGUGAACAGCAUGACUAACCUGACGCCACAGGAAAUACUUCGAAGCAUGCCAGGUAUCAACUCCAAGAACUUCCGGUUAGUGAUGAGCAAAGUCGAAAACAUCGAGGACCUUAGCAAGGUUAGCGUUGAAGACCUGAAAGAAAUACUGGGACAGGAAGCAGGCAGCAAGCUUCACAGGUUUAUACAUAAGAGAGAAUGAUCCCUCCCGUUUCAGUUCCAAAGUGCAACAUGAAGGUGGAAAGAAUAUCACAAAACAGGGAAUUCCAGGUUUGCAAGUUGCACAGCACACAGGCGAUCUUCAACCCCCGACUCAAUGCACAAGGAUCAACCAAAACCUCUUUCUCUUCCCUUCAAAG